UAAUUUAUUGGAUGUGUUCAAACAAGCGCACGCAAUUUAAGUCACAAGUAGCGUUGAAUCAGUUUAAGAUAUAUUUUGACUAACAAGUUCGUUUAUUUAAGAAUAAUUGUUUGUUAUUAUAACCGUAUUCGUGAAAUGGAUAAAUUUAUGUAUAUAUCUGCUUACGGUGUGGUUCUUUGUAUCGUCCUGGUACAUGUGCACGGCCAAACGAACGGGCCGGAUAUGGACCCUAUCAUGAACCCUGCCACGUGCGCAACUACUUACUGCCCUCCGAACUCUACCUGCGUGCAGACGUCAAGCUACGUCUACUGCGAUUGCGUGCCCGGAAAGACUGGUAUAAAUUGCACCAUGGACGAUCCUUGCCUGGAAACCAAUGUAAACUGUCCUCGGGGGAUGAAAUGCUUUGGUCCCUGCAACCCGAACGUGUUCUGUCAAGGGGCCACCGGUAUUCCACAAUGCACCAACUGCAUUUCCGGUUUCAAGGGGACCAACUGUGACGAGGACGAGGAUGAGUGUAAAGAGUGGAAGGACGUGUGUAAGUCAAACGGCAAGUGCACGAACACGUUUGGGGGCUACAGGUGCGAUUGCAAGGUGGGCUACAGCGGCGAGAACUGUGAAAUCUGCAAGCUAUCAGAGGCUGAAUGCAAUGAAAAUGGUAGACACUCAGAAGAGGACGCAUCUAAAAAGACUGAAAGUGCCGCGGAGUCUUUUCACAUAGUGAAUGUUUCUAUUCCAUUGACCUUGACAUGCAUCAUGUCGUUGUGGAUAUAACACUGAAUAGAUCUCGCCCGUUUUUUAUAUGUGUUUAUUUCUAUUGUUAGACAUGUCAAUAUCAUAUCUAGUCUAUUGAA